AACUGUUAUUCGUGCGAGUUAUCUCUCUCUCUCUCUCUCUCUCUCUGUCUGUCUCACUCUCACUCUAACUCUACUCGCUCACUUCCUAUCUCACUCUGUAGUAAGAAAGUAAUACGAAUUAUAACUGGAUCAAUUUGGAAUGUGCUGAUAAUAAUGGAUAACAUUAUUAGAUAUUGUAGCGGUAGAAAGCUUUAUGUUAAUAUGGCUGCAUCCGCAUCCAUUUUAUUAGUAAUUAUUGCAUUAUCAAUUGGAUUACAAGCGAAUAAAUUUAAAGGUAGCGAUGUAUUAGAUUUCGUACCACUUAUCGACGGACAUAACGAUUUACCAUAUAAUAUGUAUGUAAAGUUAAAUAAUUUGAAGGAAUUUCCAUUUGAAAAAUCAAUCAUUAAUGAUCCAAUUUGGGGAAAAGAAGUAUGUCCAACAUGUUACACGGAUUUGCCACGUUUAAAAGCUGGAAAAGUUGGAGGACAGUUUUGGGUUGCGUAUGUGUCCUGUAAGUCACAAUACAAAGAUGCAGUACAAUUGACAUUACGUCAGAUAGAUAUGAUCAAAAGAUUUAUAAAUCUUUAUCCGGAACAUUUGGAAUUGGUUAAACAUGCAAAAAAUAUUGAACUUGUUUGGAAAAAAGGUAAAAUAGCAUCGAUGAUUGGUGUCGAGGGUGGACACUCAUUGGAUUCCAAUUUGGCUAUAUUAAGGACUUAUUACGAAUUAGGUGUUCGCUAUGUUACAUUGACGCAUAUUUGUAAUACACCUUGGGCUGAUGCAGUUAUCUUCAACGAUGGAUACGUACAUAAUCUUACAGAAUUUGGAGAAAGCAUUGUUUACGAAAUGAAUCGUCUUGGGAUGUUAAUCGAUCUCUCACACGUUUCCCAUAAUGUCAUGAGACAAGUUCUUACUAUAUCACGUGCACCCGUUAUAUUUUCUCACUCCUCCGCAUUUUCUAUAUGUAAUAAUUAUCGAAACGUUCCUGAUGACGUACUGCAUUUAGUAAAAAAAAAUGAGGGGAUCGUUAUGGUUAAUUUUUAUUCGGGAUUUGUUAAUUGCGACAAAUCUAGAAACGCAACGAUACAGGAUGUUGUAGAUCAUAUUAAUUACAUUAGAAAAAUUGUCGGAGUAGAUCAUAUCGGUAUCGGAGCUGAUUAUGAUGGUGUCGAUAAAUUUCCGGAAGGAUUAGAAGAUGUGUCAAAGUAUCCAUCAUUGUUUGAAAGUUUAUAUGAAAACCGUAAAGGAGAACAAGAAUGGAGUAAAGAGGAUUUAGGAAAAUUAGCUGGAAGAAAUUUUAUCGUAGUUAUGACCAAAGCAGAAAUAGUUCGCAAUGCGAUGUCAUCCCAUCCGCCUAUCGAAGAUAUUAUUAAUGUAGGAUAUAUAUAUCAAGCGCAAAAAAAUGACGGAUUGAAGCCGGGAUUAUGUCAAACUGCAAAAGAAUGGAAUCAAAUAUUAUAUUCAAAUACCAUAAGUGAAACUGAGCUGACCGAUUCAAAUCAAUAAUAUUAUUAGAAAUAAUAUAAUUUGUAUUUUUAGAUUUAAAACAAACACACAUAAUGUUUGUAUUUUACAUAUGAUACAUUAUUAUAUAAUAUUUUAAACAUCAC